AUGCCGAAGCGUAUUCCAUUUCAUGUCGUUUAUGCAACAAGCGAGGACAGUUCGUACCCAGCAUGCGAGUUGAACUCCCAGGGGCCGGCGGCUCGCGGCUGGCGGAGCGCCGGCCCUCCGCCCCACGAGCUACUUCUGAGGCUGACCGCGGUCACCAGCGUUCAUAAGUUGCAGUUGUUGGCUCACCAUCAGUUGAUACCUUCAAGCGUGGAAGUACUCGUGUCGGGAGGGCUGGUGUCUGAAGGGGCGGCUACCCCGUGUGGGGCCACAUACACCAGCGUGGGCAGAGUGACGUUGGCCAAGCCAGCCCCGCAGGCCAGAACCAGGGAACUUAGAUCAGCCGCGUUACCCGAACCUACGAUAGCUCGUUUCGUCAAACUCAGGUUGUCCGGCCCUCAUCCACCAGCAAACGACAAUGAUCAGGUUGCGCUCAUGGCAGUCAACGUCCUUGGGGAAGAGAUCGACGACGCAGAGAAAUCUCCACCAGCUUCGAAGAAUGAACCAGCUUACUCGCCUUACGACGACCUGGCUUUUGUCAUGUACGUCGAUAACGAGAUCGCAGACAUGGUGCGGAGUUUGGAUGAGAAGAAGAAAACUGCUGUGGCCGAGGAGCGUUUCGAAUACGCUCGUCGUCUGAAAUCCGCUGGCUCCGCGUUAGCCGCUGCCGGGAUCCGAAUUGGAAGGUGGCGUCUGAGGAAGAGGACUGCCGCAGCACGAGAUGACUUCGAGCUAGCUAGGAGGAUGAGGGACAGGAUAGCUGACGCUCUGUGCGGGGUGAAGGAUGAUCCGCAGCUGUGCCGGUUGUUUGAAGAAGAAGGGCCCGACAAUCGCAACGACUCGUCAAUGCACCAAGAGUACGACUUCUCCCACCACCUGUCGCCGUCCGUGGCGGCCGGCUCCCUCAGUCUGGACAUGCCGUCCCCUGUUCCUCCUGCGGACGAGCCAGACCACGAGGAGGAAGACGCUGGAAUUGAUAAUAUGCCGACCUCUCCAGUGCAAACUAUUCAAGAAGACAUCCAGCCAGCAUACUCUGACCCCUCGCCGCCUCCGCCAGAAGAGAAGAUCGAGGUCCAAAAGAAGAUAGAAGAAGAGGAAGUUCGGAGAGAGACUGAUAGCCCUCGGAGGAGCAUCACGCCAAACGCUGCCAAUGGUACUUUAGUUAGAAGAAGAAAUAAGAGUGCUGGUCCGAGAUCAACAUUUGAAGCUUACGAAGAGAGGCUUCUCCCAGCUUUGAGACACUCCCAUACUAACGAAUAUCUUCGAGAAGCGAGAGACACCCAAGAGGAAUGCAGCGGAGGCAGUGCUUCCCACACUACCACCAGGGUCGUACCCCCACACAAACUGAACGAGAGGGAGAGGAAGCAGGCGGCGCUACCUAUAGUCAUCUUUGGAUAUCCCCUGGUCGAAAAGUUCUACUCGAAGAACUACCUAGAUAAAGAAGAAGGGUUGGUUCGGCUCAGAGCUGAACUGACUUCUCCUUCUAACGGCAGUACGAAGACCUCCCCGAACAAGACAGCUAGGGCAGCGGCCAUGUUGCUACAGAGGACGUUGAGAGAUAAAGUGUUCUCUGUGUAUAGUCAGACGAACGAAGUGGUCAGGGUGUUGUUCCAAGAGUUUGUGCCAGAUAGAGUGUGUGCGGCAGAAGUGGGUCGUUGUCUGGAGAAGCUUCUACCAGAGCUGUUACGAGCCUGCGGGGACCCGGCGCCCAGGGUUCACUCCACAGCGCAACAUACGGUGCUCACCGUUGCCGACUGUCCCAUUGUCAGGAGUCUUCACAUGAUACCACAGCAGUUGGUCCGGCCAGUAGCAGCCUCAAUGCAUCCGAGACUGGCGCUGUCUCGACUGCAGAUGUUGGAACAGCUUAUAUUGAGCCACGGCAUUUCAACCGAUAAGAACAGCGGGCUGACGGUCCGCCGGCUGGCGGAGUGCGGCGCGGCGGGCGCGCAGCACGCGGCGGGCGCGGUGCGCGCGGCGGCCGAGCGCAUCCUGCUGGCCGCGUACGCGCGCUCGCCCCGCGUGGUGCGCGCGCAGCUCCCGCCCGACGACGCCGUCACCAGGCGCAACCUGAUCUACAGGCACCUGUUCCAGCAGUUCGACAGGAUCGAUAUGCAGAAAAUGCUUAACCAAGCACCUUCCGAGGAGCAACUUCUUAACGGCGCCGACCAAUCAGAGUCCAUGGACACGGCCAGCGUCUCCCAAUCCACACGCAGCGGCAUCAGCGGGAUGACGUCUUCAUUUAUGACAUCAUCAGUCGGCGCCACAUCAUCCUACAGCAUCAAAUCAAUGACUUCUAGUGUCAGCGGAUCAACAUUAGCGCCUUCGAGUUUAAGCAGUCAUACUUCAAGAACGAAGAGCAGCUUGAAGAAAUCUCCUACUAAGCGCUACACUCCUAGUAGAACUGCGAAGGAUUUCUCAAAUUAUCCGGGUUAUAAUAAAUUGAGGUUGGACAGUGCGGUCAGUCCGAAGCAUUCCCCGAGGUCUACGGUUUCAGCUACGGAAAAAGUUCAUUUCGAGGAAAGCCACGGCGACGAAGUAGUCUACCGGCGGACGAGCCGUCACACUGAAAACCGGCAUUCCAUGAUCCACUAUGACCAUGAUUCUGCGAAGCCACAACUCAAGGAACGACCUGUGACUGUCUACGAGCCAUUGCAUUUGGAUUACCGGGAUUCCCCUACUUUGGGGUCUCCGAAAACUUCAAAAAACGACGUUAGAAGCAUGGACUCCCUCCCAAUGGACUCUCCCAGGAAUGACCGCAGCGAUUUAGACUGCCGUAGUUUAGACUCGCCUAAAGUAAAAGCUGAAUUCUUCAGAGAAAGUGUUUUGGAGUCGCCGAAAUUAGUAGCGGGGUUACGGAACUUGCAUCUGGAUGAUAAUAGCCAAAUGGAUGAAAGUGGAUAUUAUAGCCCUGGGAGAAGACAAAUGGCGACAAGUGGUGAACAUUAUGAAGGGUACGAAGGUGGUGCUAUGGACGGCAGCGACACUACUCCGGAACCUGUAUGCAACAGCGCGGCGUGCCCGUGGUGCGGUACGCGCGUGCGCACGGCGUCGCUGGAGGCGCACUACUGGCGGCGCUGCGUGCUGCUCGCGCGCUGCCCCCACUGCCGGCUAGCGCUGGAAGCGCGCGUUCUGCACACGCAUCUGCUAGAAGAAUGCUCUAUGAGCGAAGGGUCUUGGAAGUCUUGUGGUAAAUGUGGCGCAGCACUAAGAAUCGACGACAGUGAUUUCCACGUCAACUGCAUACCUUUGGGCAUGGACGAAUGGAAAUGCCCGUAUUGCUUCACCAACAUCUUGGCGCGAGACCUGCCCUGGCAGCGUCAUCUCAUGCAGUGCUCCAGGAACCCACGGAUCACCCAAUGCUCAUAG